GACAGCUCCAUUUGUUUACAUUCUGGCACGCUUUUCCUGCAACACAAAACAGGCGGCGUCUAUUUCGCAAUCUAGUUUGGGUGUAGCAUAUUAACUGAACUUUAUCAAAAACACACGAAAGUACAUAGAGUUUGGUGGAAUUCGAUAGUGCUGACGAUGAGUGACGCAUUUAUGUCAGACAGUGAUGAAGAUGGAGGUGAUUUUUCAGCCAGUGAAGAUGAAUGGUUGCCGGAGAAAGCGGAUGGAAAGCACAACCGCAAAAGGAAAGAUUCUUCCGAUGAUAGUAGUGGAAAUUCGGCGGAAUCUGAAGUGCUUUCCGAGGAUGAUACUUCCGCGGGCAAAACAAAAGGAAAAGCAAAAACCUUGGCCAGGAGCAAGAAUGGACUCAGCAAUAGCGAUACAAAACACAAACGAUCAUCAGGCAAAGCUGCAGGUACGACUGGAAGGAAAUCUUUAAAGCGGCCUCACCAAGAUUCGGACAGUAGUGGUGACGAACAUCUUGUCGAUCCGACCAAACUCGACCUAAAUUCCAAAUUCUUUGACGCAAUUUCGUCCAAUCCCUUGGAUCCUAACCUUGCCUCACAACCAGUUCCGGCAUUUGAUUGCAACGCUGGCAUAGGGAAACUUUCCGAUAGCUCCGAUGACGAGAAUGAUGCUCCGCAGCACGAUGAAAAGGAUGCGAAGGGCUCGCGAAAGUUGAUUAAGAAAAUUAACGAAGCAUCUCAAGCAUAUGUCCAGUUUCAGGACUUUACUAAAACUCUCGAAACGGCCAAGAAUCAACUGCAGAGCGUUACGAACAAGCAAAAGAUCGCUAGUUCCGGCAACUUAUCCGACGUGUCACAUCUGCUGGCUUUGGGUGAAAAGGGUCCGAGCGCCGCACCAGCACCGAGGAACGCUUCCACAAAAGCUUCUAAAGCGAAAAAAGGUGCGAACAAAAAGGCUGAUUCCGAUUCCGAUUGGGAAGAGGUCGAGGAGGGCACAUCCCAACCCGCCACAUCCCGCACACAGUCCGUACAGAUCACACUCAAACCGGAACUUGCGACACAGAAGAAGAAGAAGAACAAAUGUACCGAAAUUGAUGUGGAAGCAUGCAUCAAGCGUAUGAUCAAUCGGGAGAAACGAGACGCACAGCUGGUGCUACACAAGAUGACCAUCAUUAUGGGCGUUGCGCACGGUAACUUCACGAACUCCGUGCUGAAUUCUCCCGCCCUGUUAGCCAUCGGUAAUGCGCUCAUCCCGUCGGAACGGUGCUACCCGAAGGGUCACACAAAUGUGGAGUACUUCCGGCAGAUAAUGCAAUACUACCGGGAGAUUGUAGACCUGAAGGAUAGGCGCAUGUUUGUGAACAGCUGGAAGAAGCUUACACUGGAAAAAUCACUCCGGCUACAGCUGCUGUCGCAGAUGGCCAACUGCAAGCGGGACUACAUUCUGCUCUUCAUCAUACUGCUCCGCUCGAUUGGCGUCCAGUGUCGGAUGAUAAUGUCGCUUCAGGUGGUGCCCAAAGUUUUGGCCAGUUCGGACCUGUUGAAGGUGGUGCCAGCUAGAGAGAAGGUGAAAGUAUCCGCCGAUACGAAGAAGAACGUAGCAAGUGACCAUGACUAUGGAGAGGAAAAGAAGAAAAAAUCAAGCUCGCGGAAGAGGGGCUUGAAAGCUUGUCCGGUGGAAAUUCCUCAACUGGACGGAGCUGAAGCUGAUUUUGGUAAACCUAGCAAUAAGCGGUCGAGAAAAGGGCGCGAAUCGGCAUCGCACGACGUUCCUAAGGAAAUCAUUAAACCAGCCAGUAUUUCUCCGAGAAAAACGCGAAAACAACGAUCAGAUGAAGCAAAGUCGGAAGAAAAGACCGUGAUAAAAAAGUCUGUUGGGAAUAACGUAACGAGUCCUACGGAGGCUAGUAAAAAUACUCCUAAACCCGACACCGGUAAAGGGAACAGUGCCAAGGGGAAGAGCGACGCAACUUCAAAAAUGAUUCGACGGGACUAUGCUCAAAAGAAGGAAGAAAGCGUUAUAAAACCACCGGCCAAACGUUCUCCAGUAAAGACCACCACUCCAAGCAGUCCGUCAUCAUCCACCGGCGGCAAAAAGAUCGUUAAAAUUGAACGUUUUAAUGCUAAAACGAGAAAAUUGCUUCACAAUCCGGUACUUUCUACCGAUGAUGAAAGCGGUUCCAGUGCCAGCUCGUCGAAAAAAGUCAAUCUUUGGAUAGAAGCAUACGCCGAGGAGGAGAAACGUUGGGUUCCGUUGGAUGUAACGCGCGGACUGGCGGAGUGUGUCACCGAGCUCGUACAGCAAGCGUCCAGUCCAAUGCUUUACGUACUCGCGUGGAACAACGAUGGUUCGAUAAAGGACGUAUCGGCGAGGUACUGUGCGGAUUAUCUGACGGUAACGAUCAAGCAUCGGAUCAUGCAGCAGUGGAUGGAUAAUCUACUGUUCCCGUACGGUGGUGAUCGGCGUGCCGCCCGUGAUCUCGCCGAGGAUCGUGAGCUGAACCGCAUACUAGAGGAGCGCCCCUUGCCGAGGACGGUUUCGGAAUACAAAAAUCAUCCGUACUUUGCGCUGAAGCGACAUUUGCUCAAGUUUGAAGCAAUUUAUCCACCGGACGCACCAACGCUUGGGUUUACCACGGGCAAGGAGCCGGUAUACGCUCGCGAGUGUGUUCACACGCUGCAUGCGCGGGAAGUUUGGUUGAAGCAGGCGCGAACGGUUAAAAUGUUUGAAACACCGUACAAGAUUGUAUCCGGUCGGCCGAAAUACGACAGAUCAUCCGGUCAAAUGUUACCUGCGCAGCCGCUGGAACUAUUUGGCUAUUGGCAAACCGAGGAAUACGAACCACCGACGGCUGAGAAUGGAAUUGUUCCCCGGAAUGCGUACGGCAAUGUGGAGCUGUUCAAGCCAUGCAUGUUACCAAAGAAAACGGUCCAUCUGCAGUUACCGGCGCUAAACCGCAUAUGCAAAAAGCUCCGGAUCGAUUGCGCUCAGGCCGUAACCGGGUUCGAUUUUCACGGCGGCAGCAGCCACCCCGUGUACGAUGGGUUCGUCGUUUGCGAAGAGUACCGUGACAUUGUCGUUGACGCUUGGCACCAGGAGCAGCAGGCCGAAGAGCAGAGGGCACGCGAAAAGUACGAAAAACGGGUGUACGGUAACUGGAAGAAGUUAAUCAAGGGAUUGCUCAUACGCCGGAAGCUCCAGCACAAGUACAACUUUGACAAUCUCAAUCAGUAGACGUUGCGUCACUCUUGCGUCAUUCAAAUCUCAUUUAUCUGUAAGUUUUUCUUCGUUUUAUUGUUCAUGAUAUUAUGUUUUACAUUUGUUUCCUUUACGUUGCUUUACUUGCUGUUAGUGUUGCGAACACUUAAAACUUAGCCACGUGUAGUCUACGCCUUCGCGUGGUCGCAUUUAUAAUAUGUAUUAGUGUAUAGUGCUUUAAAGUUGUGUACUUAUUUGUGCUUGAAUUACAGAAUUACAAAUUAUGGCAUUCCACAUGCUCCAAGCCAGAAA